CCUUCCAUUAUCUCAAUCACCAAACAUAUCACUCUUCUCAAACCGAAUUUCGAAUCUUAAACUUUCCCGAGAAAAAAAAAAUGUCAGGGCGAGGAAAGGGAGGAAAAGGAUUAGGAAAGGGAGGAGCCAAGAGGCAUCGGAAAGUUCUCCGAGACAACAUCCAAGGAAUCACCAAACCAGCGAUCCGUCGUCUCGCGAGGAGAGGAGGUGUGAAGCGUAUCAGCGGAUUGAUCUACGAAGAGACUCGCGGCGUCCUCAAGAUCUUUCUGGAGAACGUGAUCCGCGACGCCGUUACUUACACAGAGCACGCUCGCCGGAAAACUGUUACGGCCAUGGACGUUGUGUACGCUCUCAAGAGGCAGGGAAGAACUCUGUACGGAUUCGGCGGCUGAUUCGAUUGUUUCUGUUUCAGAUUUUGUAAAAUGUUUUUCAGAAUCAAUGGGAAUAAUAAUAUUGGCAUCUUUUUUUCUAAAUAA